AUGGCGCAGGCGGGAAAAGUGGCCGAUGGCCUUGGCCUUCCGGGAGGAGAAGCAGCACAGUGGCCACUGCAGCGGUAUGGCCGAUUCAUGCUGUUGGGUACCGGAGAGCCACCCGGACCUGGCCCAGAAGUUGAGCACAGCGCUUCCACCACGUGGAAGGUUUUUGAUUCCAAUGAAGAAUCCGGGUAUCUUGUUCUCACCAUAGUUAUAUCGGGUCACUUCUUCAUUUCCCAGGGACAGACACUACUGGAAGGCUUUUCGCUUGUUGAUAGCAAGAACUGGCUGAAGAUUGUAAGGCGCAUGGAUUGUCUGUUGUUUGGAACAACAAUAAAGAACAAGAGCCGCAUGUUUCGCAUACAAUUUGGCGGGGAGUCCAAGGAACAAGCGCUAGAACACUGCUGCAGCUGUGUGCAACACCUGUCCCAGUAUGUAACCGUUCAGGUGCCUGAGGGAAUCAUCCAGGAGCUCCAGCCAGCACCUGGCCCACUGUGGGCAGGUGGAAGCCAAGGGAAGGACUGUGCAAAGAGGUCCCCAGUACGACAUGGGUCCCACCAAAACAAGGAACAGCAGACGUAUGUGGCAGCUGGCACAGGCACUCCAGAGGGAAGAACUUCAGUGAUACGACUAGCUCAGUCUAUCCUGGCAUCAGAGGAGCUACCCCUUGCCUAUGAACAAUCUGCCUGGGGUGUGGAAGAGUUAGGCCCCUUUCUACGCUUGUGCCUCAUGGAUCAAAAUUUCCCAGCAUUUGUGGAAGAGGUAGAAAAGGAACUUAAAAAGCUGACGGGGUUGAGAAAUUAAUGUUCUAUGUAUAUGCAUAAAACUAAGGAACUUCAAAAGUAUUGAAAAAUGUUUUCUCUUAAAAAGUUAGAUAGUAAAGAGUAUUAAUCCAAACACCUUUUAUCAAUGUUUUAUUGUUAAAAACAGGUGAAUUCACUUUUUUAUACAUCAUUGCACUUCAACAGUUACACAAAACACAAGUACAUGCAUCUAUAGUUACGUACCGCAUGAGAACCUGGUCAGGUUAUAAAAUCUACCAUCAAUCAUUAAAUCAAUGUGAAAAAAUAGUAUAACUAGAGUUGCAUAGAAUAUCACCAUGCUAUAACAUUUCAAGGUCAUUGAAAACAAAAGAAAUUAUAAAAGUUUGCCUUGAUUGAAUAUACAAGAAUAAGGUUCAACACAUCAGUGCAAAAGGAUUUAAGAAUUUACAUGAUUUAACAAAAGAAAAAAGUCACUUAAAAGCAAUCAUACAUAUAUACUGCAAUUCAUUAUAUCCAUUCAGUGGACUGUACCAUCUUCUUAUUAAAGUUGUAGGUUAAGCCCUUAAGAUUAUAGACUUCAGAAUUUAUAAAUUACUUAUCUUUAUAUACCAUAACUGCACAUUUCCUCAUCUGACAACAUACACUAAGGAAUGAAUAUCAGCAUUUUAAACAUGAAACAAGCAUUUACUUUAUUUUGGAUUUUUCC